AUGUACAUCACUCUGUACUUCCUAGUCACUCGCCUCCCUAACUCCCUUCGCGUAGUCAGGGACCACUUUCUCUCAGUCUGUCCCACCACGCUCACCGUAGACCUCCUCGAAAAGACCCUCCUAGCAAUAGAGAAGAGCAUCGUCGCUGUAGGAGCCUCUCGAGGUGACCCGCGCACCCCCAUCUUUGAAGGGUGUUCUCCCUCCCCCCUGCUGCCCUCUGUUGCCUUUGCUGCUGCGGCCGACCUCCUUGGUCUUGAGUCGGUCGGCGCGGCGUCUGCCCCUAGCGGGAGACGCCGCCCUGGCAAGGGCAAGGGGGGCAAGGGAGCUGGAGGAGCGGGCGGUGGAGGUGGAGGUGGAGGCGGUGGGGGGAGUGGGGGUGGCGGUGGGAGUGGAGGUGGGGGUGGAGGGGUCGGUGGCGGCAGUGGAGGCGGAGGCGGCGGCGGCGGUGGCGGUGGGAGCGGAGGUGGCGGAGGAGGCAGCGGUGGAGGCGGCGGCGGAGGCGGCGGCACUGGUGGAGGCAGCGGAGGAGGCGGAGGCGGUGGGGGUGGCGGUGGAGCUGGUCACGGGUCCUCGCAGAGGAGUGGCUCCGGUAGUGACGCGCGCCAGCAGCAGCAGCGCGGUCGUGAGACCCUGUCCCCUCAGCAGCUCCGUGAGUGGUACACUGCACGCCAGCGGGGUGGGGGUUUUGGUCCGUGCACCUACGUCCUGCGCACCGGCGACCGUGCGGGUGAGCAGGCGGGUGUGGCCAUCUUUGAUCUUGACUUUGAUGCUAUUGUUUCUGCCAUGUAUGCUGUGUCUAUUAGUGAUGAGGGUGACUGUUACCGGUGUUUCCCGCCUGAUCCGGGCAUUGAGACUGCUACUCUAGGUACUGGUACGACUGCUGCCCUAGGUGCGUGCGACGCUGCUGCUCUAGGUGCUGGUGUGUCUGCGUCCUCAGGUACUGGUGAGUCUGCGCUCUCAGGUACUACGUCGGCUUCGGCCUCCCUCACCUUCACCCUUGACACUGGGGCGUCUCGCUCCUUCUUUCGAGACCGCACCACACUCACGCCACUUAGUCGGUCGAUUGCGGUGUCUCUGGCUGACCCCUCUGGGGGUCCUGUCCUGUCUCGCUUCUCCACAGUCCUCCCUUGUCCGGCGGCUCCCUCUGGCACCCUGUCUGGUCUCUACCUCCCCUCGUUCUCGACGAACCUGGUGAGUGGUGCUGACCUACAGGAUGCGGGGGUCCACCAGUUUACUCCUGCGCGUCGGAGAGUGACCCACUGUACAGAGGCUGGCACAGGCCGCCACCUGGCUACGUUCACCCGUCAGCCGGGGUCGAGCCUGUACACUCUGACCACUGCGUCCUCUCCAGUUGCUGAAUCUGAUAGGGUAGCUGCGUCGGGUCAGGUGUUUGUUGCGGCGUCCACGUCUGGUCCUGAGUCUGCCCCCUGUUCGUGUCGUCUCCUGUCUCACGAGACUCUCCUCUCGCACCACCGCCUUGGCCACCCCUCUCUGCUUCGGCUCAGAGGCAUGGCCUCACGUCUUCUUGUGUCUGGUCCCCCCCGGUCCCUCCCUCCCCUUCCUCAGGGCUCUGGCCGUGCCUGUGUCCCCUGUGUCGAGGGGCGCCAGCGUGUUGCCCCUCACUCCUCCCAAGGCAGAGAGUUUUCCUCUCGCCUUCUGCGAGCCUUCUGUCGUGCACGAGGCAUCCGUCAAACCUUCACGCUUCCGGACUCACCGCAGCAAAAUGGGAUUGCAGAGCGCCGCAUUGGCAUGGUCAUGGACGUCGCUCGUACGUCUAUGAUGCAUGCGGCUACCCCCCAUUUUCUGUGGCCGUUUGCGGUCAGGUACGCGGCGUAUCAGCUCAACCUCCACCCCAGGGUCUCCAGGCCGGAGACCUCCCCAGCCUUGCUGUGGACGGGGAAGGUUGGCGAUGCGUCGGCGUUCCGGCACCCCACCUCUUGCCGUCUUCUGUCCUCCCAGGACGUCACGUUUGACGAGUCGGUCCCCUACUACCGCCUCUUCCCCUACCGCACUCCGUCUCUCCCCCCACCCCCACUCUUCCUGGUACCAGGUCCCCCUCAGGUAGACCCCUUGCCCCCUCAGGGUCCUGCCCCUUCAAGUGUGUCCCACGUAGACGCAGUCGAGCUUGUCGAGGUCACUGGUGACUCUGGUGUUGCUAAGGGUGCUGCCGCUGGGGGUGUUGAGCCUGGGGCUGCUGGACCUGGGGGUGCGGGGCCUGGGGGUGCUGCGUCUGGGGGUGUUGAGCCUGGGGGUGCUGAGCCUGGGGGUACUACGUCUAGGGGUGCUGAGCCUGGGGGUGCUGAGCGUGGGCUUACUGAGCCGGGGGGUGCUACGCCUGUGGGUACUGCGUGUGGAGGUGCUCCACCUGGAGGUUCUCCGGGUUCGUCUCGCCGGGAGCCACUCUCUCCACAGGAGCUGCGCGAGUGUACUGGAGCUGCUGGGCCUGCGGGUUCGACUGAAGCUGGUGCUGCUGCGGGUGUUGGCGCUGAGACUGCCGGUGGCGGUCCUGCUGGAGGUGCUCCUGGUGCUGCUGGAGGUUCUGGAGCUGCUGGAGGUGCUGCUGGAGCGGGUGCUCCUACUGAGGGUACUGGUGGUGUCCCUGCUGCUUCUGGCGUUGCCAUGCGGCCUCGACCGUACUUCGUUCCACUCCUUCAGCACCGUCGUGAGCCUGCGUCUCGCCCUACGUCGCCUGUCCGUCCUACUCGCGCUAGUGGUCGUAGUUCGUGUGAGCGUCCUCCUCCUGUCCCUGGCACGCACCGGAUGUCUCUGCGUCCGUCCAUUGCUCCUCUGCGUGCCCCUUUGCCUUCUCCUCCUGAGUCCUCUCUUCCUGCUCUUCCCGACCCGGAGUCGGACUCUCUUCGUGCUGCCAGUCCUACUCUCACGCGUCUCCUGGCUACUAUCGUCACUGACCCUUCUUUUGAGUCUACUGCUGCGUCUGCUCUAGUUGCUGAGCUCGUCGGAUUUGCUGCUCGUUGUCGCUUAGACUACGCUGCGAGUCUUGUCGCUGAGUCUGAGUCUGCAGCUAUGGAUGCAGAGAUGGCUUCCUGGAAGUCCACAGGCACCUACGUUGACGCUGUCCCCCCUCAUGGGGCGAACAUCGUCAGUGGCAUGUGGAUCUUUAGGGUGAAGCGGCCGCCGGGUUCUCCGUCUGUCUUCAAGGCGCGUUACGCGCCACGUGAGUGGCACGACACACUGAGGACUACGCUUGCGGCUCUUGGGUUUGCUCCUUCUACUGCCGACCCGUCGCUGUUUCUGCGCACCGACACCUCUCUGCCGCCGUUCUACAUCCUCGUAAACGUCGACGACUUGGUUUUCGCCACAGCUGACACUGCUGGACUCGCCUACGUUAAGUCCGAGCUGCAGAAGAGACACACGUGCACAGACCUGGGUGAACUGCGCAGCUACCUUGGCUUGCAGAUCACCCGGGACAGAGCACGCCGCACCAUUACCCUGACUCAGUCACACAUGGUGCAGCAGGUCCUUCAGCGCUUCGGCUUCACGUACUCCUCGCCUCGGGCCACUCCUCUACCUACUCGCCACUCGGUCUCAGCCCUGCCUUCGGAUGAGUCCGUAGAGUCGAUUGUAGAGGCUGAGAUCUACGCCGGGGCCAUGGCUGCACAGGAGCUUCGCUGGCUCACCUACCUACUGACCGACCUUGGAGAGCCGCCUCGUUCUCCUCCAGUCCUGUACGUAGACAACAAGGCCAUGCUGGCCUUGUGUCGAGAGCAGCGACUGGAGCACAGAACAAAGCACAUUGCUCUCCGCUACUUCCUUGCUCGUGAGCUACAGCAGCGUGGACAGUUGCGGCUUGCGGACGUGGCCUCUGAGGCCAACACUGCUGAUGUCUUCACCAAGGCACUUGUGCCUUGUGAUCAUCAGCGCUUCUGUACUCAGCUGGAUCUUGUGCCCGUCUUGCCUCACUUGCUCUCCUCUUGA